AUGCCCAAGCACGCAAAGCUCGCCCCGUUAUGCAACGUCUGCAGGCAAAUCAACCUCGCUAAUACGAACAACCGUAAACCCUUGGAAUACUCACUUGGGACAUGGGAACAAGUCAAGAAACGAGCAACGAAGCAUCCUAAAUGCCCCUUCUGCAUCUUGAUCCAAUCCUACAUUGACAACUCGGGGCUUGCCUACUUGUACCAGACGGGACCUGCAUCUAUUGAAUGGAGAGAGCAAGGUGGAUUCUUUUUUGAGACCGAUGGAAGUAAUCUGUCCUUUUUGAACGAGGACACUGCUACAUCCCCCCAUGGAUCCGCCCGAAUAGUGAAGGACACCAUCGACCCUGCGCUGAUGAGGAAAUGGAUCAGCUUGUGCGAAGAGCACCAUGGAGAGAAAUGCAGGCCCAGGAACGACGUUAUAAAGACGGCAGAGAAUCCAAACGGUGUGAAGAUCCUGCGGCUCAUCGAUACGCUGGAUCAGUGCAUCGUUGAAGCGAAACCCGGCGAUCAGUAUCUAGCUUUGAGUUACGUCUGGGGGCCAGUCAGCCCCCUCAUACGGCUCGAGCAGGGUACACUCGAUAUCUUGACACAGAAAGGGGCAUUCAAGGACCAUCGUGAUAAGGUUCCUGUGACGGUACGGGAUGCAAUGGACUUGGUCCAGAUGAUUGGACAGAGGUACCUAUGGGUUGACAGUCUCUGUCUCAUUCAGGACAACAACGAAGAUAUGUUGGACGGCGUCUCACACAUGGAUCUCGUAUAUCAAUGCUCUCUAUGCACCAUCAUCGCCAGUUAUGGAUCCGACUUCAAUGCAGGACUCCCUGGUGUACAUCCUGAUUCAAGGGACGUGUAUCAGGAAGUGUUCGAAGUUUUGCCUGGAAUAAAUAUGACGAUAAUCAAUGGGGUAUACAAUGCGAUGACGGGAACCCAUUCUAAGCGCGCGUGGACUAUGCAGGAGCUCGUAUUAUCCCACCGCACUUUGGUGUUCACCGAAGAUCGAGUAUUCUUUCGAUGUCGAUCUAACUGUUGGACUGAAGAUACUCUAUAUGAUUGUUUUCCCACUGCUAUCAAUAAAGUUCUCUCGUCAGGAGGGGAAAUCAUGUUUGCGGAGGACAACGAUAAGCACCCUCUCGCUUCGUGCAUCUUUCAUCUUUUCCGGUAUGCACCUCGAAAGCUCACCAAAAUAACCGAUACUAUCCAUGGAUUUACUGGAAUUCUUCAAUACGUCUCACGCCAGGCAAAGUCGGGCAUUCUGGAAGGCCUAUUUACAUCGUCAUUCGAUAUCAGCAUUUUAAGCUGGGAUAACUUUCCUCGAGCAACCACGCGGCCUGUUCGCCAAGAGGACUUUCCAAGUUGGUCAUGGGCAGGUUGGAAUGGAAUUAAAGACGGCUAUGCGCGCUUCUGUUAUGACGCUAACUCAACCAAUACAUGGCUGAAGACGAAAACAUAUAUAAUUUGGUAUAAACGAAGCCCAGGAACAGCGAGCUUGGAACUAGUUUGGGAUCUAUCAAAUGAGGAGACCCACGGAGCGCCAGACGAACAUACCAUUGCGUACCGUCCGACCCCCAGCGACCCAUACGGUCGCAUUAGACCUUCUUUUCUUGAUGGUCUUCAAACACAACCGACCCUGGAUGAUCCUCGCCGUGAGGAGAUCAUCAAAUCAGAGUUGACCAAACGCAAAUAUCACUUCCUCCACUUCUUCGCGUUCACAGUCGUGGUCGAAGCCUUGAAAAAACCUCCUGCAGGAUCUGAGCUGGAAAUGGCAAUGGUCUACUCUCUUAGAGGGCAAAGAGGUAAGCAAUGCGGUGGGGUUAAGCUAGACAACCCAAGGUCAAUGCAAACGGUGAAAGGGCCGCAUGAGCUUAUCCUCCUCUCAAGCAUGGACAAGUAUGAUGGAUACUUUAACGAUACGAUCAAACAUAAGCGACCGUAUUAUUGGGCCAUGUUAAUCGCCUGGGUCGGAGAAGACAAGGUCAUAGCGGAGAGACGGGGAAUCGGGUUUAUAUAUAACGACUGUAUGGACGUUAUUCUUCCUCCUGGAAGAGUGUGGAAAGAGAUUGUUUUGGCUUAG